UCAGAAUUACGUCGCUACAUUUGCAUAUUGGGAAUCGGACUGAAGACUGCGGCCAUUUCGGGUGCUAUUUUGGCCCAAUAUCCCCUCAGUUUCCCCUCCCUGGUGCCGUCUCCGGCCAUGGAGGAGACGAAAAUCAUUUACCACAUCGAUGAUGAGGACACACCGUACCUAGUGAAGCUCCCAAUCCCUGCCGAUCGCGUCACACUGGGCGACUUCAAAAAUGUCCUCAACCGGCCCAACUAUAAGUUCUUCUUCAAGUCUAUGGACGAUGAUUUCGGGGUCGUUAAAGAAGAAAUAACAGAUGAGACUACACGACUUACCUGCUUCAAUGGACGCGUUGUGUCUUGGUUGGUUCCAGCUGAAGGGACCCUUUCCGACACAUCGUCACAAUGUACAGACCCGCAGACAGACCUGCCGCCAGCCUUAGAGAGGACAGGGGGCAUCGGGGACUCCAGGCCACCUUCCUUCCAUGCAAAUGCAGCAGAAAGCCGGGACAACCUAGACAGAGACACAGAAUCCGAAUCAGUCCUCUCACAUAGAAGAGGUACGUUGGACCGUCACCGAAGAAGGGACAGACAUCACGAUGAUGUAACAAGAAUCAACGGUCACAGCAAGCAUGACCGCCAUCGUAGCGGCCAUGGCUACGAGAGCUCGUCAACGUUGAUGAGCAGCGACAUUGAUACAACAAGUUACUUCGAUUCCACAGACGAUGAUAGCAGAUUUAGCAGCACGACAGAAUGUACCACGUCAUCAAGAUUGAUGCGAGGCACCAAGCAUAGACGAAGGAGAAGGCGACCGCGUAUGCCUAGAGUUGCACGGAACGGAGCGCAGGACGUGGAUCUAGCCGAGUCUUCCUCCUUCAGCAGUAUAACAGAUUCCACAAUGUCGUUAAAUAUUAUCACAGUAACAUUAAAUAUGGAUAAUGUAAAUUUCCUGGGUAUCAGUAUAGUGGGCGAUGGCAAGGACGGCGGAAUUUAUGUGGGCUCGGUCAUGAAAGGAGGAGCUGUUGCAUUAGACGGGCGGAUCGAGCCGGGAGACAUGCUUCUUCAGGUCAACGACGUCAACUUCGAAAACAUGAGCAACGACGACGCUGUCCGAGUAUUACGCGAGAUUGUACAUAAACCAGGUCCUAUCAAACUAGUGGUUGCCCAAUGUUGGAAUCCUGAGCCAAGAGGGUACUUCACAAUACCAAGAUCAGCGGAACCCAUAAGGCCGAUAGACCCUGCUGCAUGGGUGUCUCAUACAGCCGCUAUGAGGCAAGACUACCCAGGUGGGCGGCCAGCCAUCAGUCCCUCCAUGAGUACCAUGACGUCAACUUCAUCCUCUAUCACCUCCUCCAUACCGGAGUCGGAAAGGUACGAUGAGAUGCCGUUGUCGAUCAACACGGACAUGUCCUCCAUUGUCAAGGUCAUGGCCUCGCCGGACUCCGGACUGGACAUCCGCGACAGAAUGUGGCUGAAAAUAACCAUACCAAAUGCCUUCAUAGGUUCAGAUGUAGUAGACUGGUUACACACCCACGUGGAAGGGUUCAACGACCGGAGAGAGGCCAGGAGAUACGCCUCUCAGAUGCUGAAGGCAGGCUACAUCAGGCACACAGUCAACAAAAUCACCUUCUCAGAACAGUGCUACUACAUCUUUGGCGACCUCUCGCAGGUCAACAGGGACAUGGCCAACUUGUCGCUAGAGGACCGGGAAGGAAGCAGUGAAACUGACCAGGACACUCUCGCUCCCCUUCCCGGGGCACCCUGGGCACUGGUCGGUCCCCACAUGCCCAUCCCGGGCAGCCACCUGCCCUACACGGGUGUUUACCAGCCCAAAACUGCAGGGUACGCCGUCCCACCCGGGCCGUACUCCAUCGACGCACCUCCGUACGCUCCAAACUACAGGGAAGGAACAGCCAGCCAACAUAGUGGCAGUCCUGAGGAGCAGUGUUGUAAGAGACCCACUCCCACCUUCGUUACCUUCAAACCUAAUGAUGAAGCAGCGGAUCCAACCGAAGUGGAAAGAGAAGCACUAAAGGAGAUGGAGGCAAUAAGUCAGGCGGAAGUGGAAGUGAAUCCGACAGCACCAGCAAGCGAAGUCGAGCCCCCAGCGAGAGAAGCCUCCCCCCUCUCCCACCGCUCCCCCCUCCCCUCCCUCCAAAACCUGGCCAGCUAGCAGCCAUGCCGGCCGACCUCAGCGGGAGCAGACAGUCCUUCCGCAUGGCCAUGGGCAACCCGUGUGAAUUCUUCGUGGACGUGAUGUGAAACCAACGUGCAGACUGGACGUUGUAUGGUAGAGAAUCGGAAACGGGAAUUUAGUUUUCCUUGCAAAAAGGUUGUGAUUCUGAAUGCAAUUUCUUUGUUGACAAACAACAUUCUAAAAGUUUUUAAAACAUGCACCCGCUGUAGUUCCUUACAAGAGUACUUUUUAAGGAAGCCAACAAAAUGGCUUUCCACUCCGUUCUCUACAAUACAAUAUCUUCUCGUCCAGUCUACAAAUAACCUCCUCCCUUCUGAAGUGCCCGUUUAAUGCCAAAUUUUUAUUGGUGAUGGGGCUAUGCAGCAGGGAGAUCGUUAUUGUUCAAUAGAGUUUCACUCACAUCAACCUUUGCCAAGAAGAAAGUGCAUUGUUGUCAGCAGGGAGGCACCAAAACUUCUUAAAGAGGAGCUAAUAGGAACAAGAAACGAUGGAAAGUAGUAGGCAAGAAUGGAGACAGCGGAGGACUGUUUAACUGUAGGCCCUAUGCACUUCUAGGUGUGCCCUACAAGAAAAGGACUUUGCCACUAGCCUCUACCUAACAGCGUUUGCGAAACGUCAAGUGCAUAUUGUACAAAGGAAAUCCUUUUUGCAAAAAUCAUGUAAUUAAGAGAAAUUUUUGUAUUGAUAUCUAUGUAGUGGCAGUUUGUGAACUUGGAGCACUUUUGAGCUCAGAGUCUAAUGUUGUUGGGCUUGAAAGAAGUGUACAACAGCAAUGUAGAGCAGUGAACUUAGUAGCGCAUUGAGCAACACCAUUCACCUUUGUACCAAGAGAUUAAUAUUUAUGUACUAGCUAGUAUAUCUCUCUCAAACCAACCAAUUUAUUUGUUAGGGAUGAUUUUAGGAAUGCCGAGCAGUUUGCAUGGUUUUGUUUGAACCAUCUUCCAGCGAAUGCCAGCUGCACACGACUCUGUUCAGAAAUGUGCUAUUGUUUACAGUUUUGCCAAUAUUUGUCAUGCUAAGACGUAACACUGGUCAAUUUACAUUUACGGAAAUGCUGACAAUUUAAAGUCUUAUAAAAGAUGGAACUUUGAGCCAUGAAACCAUCAGAACGGGCUUCCUAAAUGUGAAACGACCAGCGCUAUAUGAAGGAGAUGACAACUACAUGUACUUCUUGUCUUUGGCUUACUUUAGCAAACAGCACCAUCUCUAUUCUGUUAUUUUAACUUUUAGCAUUCUAUAUUUGCCUCAACUAUGUAGAUGCCAGUGCAAGGACAAAUUGAGUGCUAACAGUUAAGGGUGGUGUUCUUCUAUUUCUCUCAGAGUCUCUGUGUAUGCAGGCAUGCAAUACCAGUAGUGAAUGGUCAAACUGCUGUUGUAAUACUGUAGAAGACAAGCCCAGAUGUUUCUGGAGUGGGUAUGUCUUUGAUUUGUACCAGACAUACCCGUGCUAUUGCUGUUGACAUGUAACGGUCAGACAGUGUUUUAUCAGUGGAGUAUCCCCAAUGUUAGUGCCAACAUUUUUUGUGUAACAAAUGUUUCUGUCUGGUUCCUGUAUAUGUGGUCGACAUAAUUCUCUUUUGGUACCUUUAUAUCUUCUCUUGCCGUCAAGAGAAAGCCACAUUUUAAGCAUAUGUUUAUACCUGUACAGUUUUUGCCUGUGAUUUGUUGGUAGUGUAUGGUAGCACGGCCACCGUUUCUCAACAAUACAUGCCUCAGUAUAUGGAAGGGAGACUGUGUUCUCCCAAUUUACUGUAAUACUGAUUCCAAUAUGUCUUGUUUUUGUCAAAAGUUGUUUUAGCAUUGUAUGUAUAAUGCACUUCAAAUUUGCACCUAUUGUAACUGUUAGUAUAUUUUGACUUCAUUCGUAGCAUUUUUUCUGGAAAGUCUCCUUUGUAGAUUGAAAGUGAAUGUCAGUACAAACGUGUAGUUGAAAGUUAUUUUGUCAGCCAAACCCAUUUUUUGCAGGACAGGCCCUCCGUCAAGGGUAGUAUUUUCUGGGUUUUCGUUUUGCCUUACCCUCCCCAUAUCCUUAGUCUCAACAGUCAUUUAGUAGAGUAAGAAUAGAACUGUGUCUUCUUAGCCUUUAUCAUCACACUACACCUUAUACACACUGCUUUUAAAAUGUGUAAGACUAUUCUUCCUGAAGUUCAAGACAUGUUCAUACAUCCUUGUAGAUUAUGUACAGAAAAAGUUAACAAUCUUAAACCGGCUUGUAACUAGAAGAAACAUCACACAUUUGUAGUUGUUACUGCCAUUUAUUUUGGACUUCAAUGGACGAAUAGUUUACAUUUCAUUAGAGGUAAAGAAUGGAUACACCCAACCUAGGUAUGUAAUGGGGAAGGGGAGGGAGUCGACUCCAACCAUAUCUGCCUUAUGCCUUUCCAAUGCUGUGAGGCCUUUGUUCAUACAAUAAAAGGAAAACUCACAGAGUACUUAAAA